AUGGCUCAAAUUCCAGUUGUGUACGGUGAGUGGAAGUUUAAGGAGAAUUCAUGGCAUUUUGUUAUUGACAUGGGCAAAGGUGGAAGAAUGUGGUUUUUGAACGAUGGUUGCACCUUUGGGCAGCUUACUGAUAUGGCGCGAGAUGAUUAUAACUUGGGCAAGAAGACUGAGAUCAUCGAGUUAACCUACGCACUACCAGUCUCAAUGUUGCAAAAUAUGGCUCCAGAUACAUUCAGUGAACAAAACCAAUCUGGGAACUGUAUCAGCUCUUCAUGGAAAUACGAGGAUGGUUAUCCUUUGGUGAUAGUUUCUGACAGACAUAUUUCUAUUAAGAAAGCUUGUGAAACUAUUUUCCCAUGGGCAAAACGAGGGAUCUGCUACUACCAUCUACAACAUAACAUAGUAACAAAGUUUAGGGGGAAGCAGUUGCUGUACUUGGUUAAACGUGUGGCUUAUGCUUACAACCUCUAUGACUACAACCGGUACAUGGCGGAGCUGAGACAGAUCAAGCCUGACCUUGCUGACUAUUUGGAAGAAGCCGAUGUCUCUCUUUGGUCCCGAGUUCAUUUUGUUGGAGACAGAUACAAUAUUAAGACUAGCAAUGUUGCAGAGUCUAUAAAUGAUGCACUUAAGAAAGCCCGUGGCUAUCCCAUUUCAUUCCUCUUGGAUUUCAUACGAGAGAAGCUCGGACGGUGGUUUUUAAAACGCAGAGAGGAUGCUUUGAGUCUCACAACACAUAAUACUCGGGGAGUGGAGUAUUUGCUAGCGAUUCGUGGACAUUAUGCAGAUGCAAUGGAGGUGGACCGAAUUGACACUUGGAGAUACUAUGUGAAAGGAGGAACCAGGAAUUGUAUUGUUGAUUUGGAACAUGGAAUGUGUGAAUGUGGUGUGUUUUAUAUCGAGAAGAUCCCAUGUUCACAUGCUAUUGCAGCUGCAUUAGCCGGUGGGAUAGCUGUGGAUUCCCUUGUAUGUCCGACUUACUCAAAAAACUACUUGUUUGCCGCAUACUCUGCCAACAUAUAUCCCCAAAUUUCAGAGGUCCAAGGAGGCCCAACAUCAAUAUGUCUGCCACCAGACAUUCGCCGUGCACCAGGCAGACGGAAGAAGUCUCGGUGGCAAUCAUGGCUAGAAAUUGCUAAGAGGAAAAGCAAGAAGCCAAGGAAGCUGCACAAAGUAUACAGCUGCUCCCAAUGCAAGCAACCUGGUCAUAACCUUCCGAAUUGUGUAAGUUGA